AAAAAGGUUGAGAAAUUCUGCAAAACCGACGAUGAAAUACGACUAUAUUUCCGUCUCCCCAAAUUUUCAUUUCUAUUUCCUCGGAUCUCUCUACGAAGCAAGCACAACCUGAUCGACUGAAUCCGUUUCCAUUUUCCCGAAAUGGUAAUGUAGAAACGGAAUCACAUUCUCACUGACGUUCUUGACGCCGGAUCUAGACUCUCGAUUCUUCUCUGUAUAGUCAAUGAAAGGUUUCACCGCCGAAGAUCUGUCCACUCUCGGAGGGAUAGCUACCGUUUCCCUCUUGCAUUCCUUCAUCCCCACCCACUGGCUCCCUUUCUCCAUCGUGGGUCGCGCCCAGAAAUGGACCCUUUCUCGAACCCUUCUCCUCACUGCAUUUGGAGCAGUUUUGCAUGUAAUAUCCACUUCACUUCUCGGUGUAACGGCAAUCACUAUGGCAAACACAAUUGCUGGUGAAGAAACGGUGCAUAAACUUGCCUCGCUUUUGCUCAUAUUUCUUGGUGGUAGCUAUGUCUUGUUGUUUUUGACUGGAAAGGGUGGCCACAGUCAUUCUCACAACCAACCCAUGGAGAAAAUGGCUGUUGCCGGACUUGUUCUGGUUCCUGCAUUGUCCCCUUGUGCAACUACUCUUCCAGUGUUUCUAGCUGUUGGGAAUUCAUCUUCCAUGAUGAUACUUGCCAUCAUGGUGCUGCUAUUCAGCACUAUAACAGUGAUGACCUCCCUGGUUGCACUAUCAUUCUACGGUGCCAGCCAGCUCAAGUUUCAUUGGGUGGAGCGAUAUGACAAACUUCUUGUAGGUUCUGUUCUGUGCUUGGUAGGGAUAUUGACUCUCAUUUUCCAUGACCAUGAUCAUGAUCACAGUGGAGGAGGUUCUACCGAAGCACAUCUGCAUCGAAAAAUCAUUACCCUUUAGUGAUUCCAAUGCUCUGCAAAAUGCAUGUUUUGAAUGAAUACUUUAGAUGCCUUCAUCUGAAUUAGAUAUUAGACUAGAUACUACCUGGUGUAAUUUAAUGUAAUGUAAUGGAAUGUAAACUCUUCACUGUGCCAUAAGUUGGUAAUGAGAUUGUCUUUCUUCUUAUUCAAGACUCAAGGGACCAUGUCUGGGCC